CCUCCAUCUCAUCUCAAUUCACUUCCUCUGUUUUUUCUGUCUCUCUGUCUUCUCUCUUUAUUCUUCUUCUUCUUCUUCUUCUUGGUUUCUGCUACCAAAAAAAAAAUGCCCGCUGUCGGAGCAAUAAGCAAUGGUGGGGGUAAGGAGUACCCCGGAAACCUCACUCCUUUCGUCACCGUAACAUGCAUCGUCGCCGCCAUGGGUGGCUUGAUCUUUGGUUACGAUAUUGGAAUUUCCGGUGGAGUCACCUCCAUGGAUCCGUUUCUGCUCAAGUUCUUCCCGUCGGUGUACCGGAAGAAACACGCCGAGAGCACCACCAACGAGUACUGCCAGUACGACAGCCAGACGCUGACGAUGUUCACGUCGUCGCUGUACCUGGCGGCGCUUCUGUCGUCACUGGUGGCUGCCACCGUCACCAGAAAAUUUGGCCGGAAACUUUCCAUGCUUUUCGGAGGGUUGCUUUUCCUUGUCGGUGCCCUCAUUAAUGGCUUUGCACAGAAAGUUUGGAUGUUGAUCGUGGGUCGGAUCUUGCUCGGGUUCGGUAUCGGAUUUGCCAAUCAGUCUGUGCCGCUCUACCUCUCUGAGAUGGCUCCAUACAAAUACAGAGGAGCUUUGAACAUUGGCUUCCAAUUGUCAAUCACAAUUGGUAUACUUGUAGCCAAUGUGCUGAACUACUUCUUUGCCAAGAUCAAAGGAGGAUGGGGAUGGAGGUUGAGUUUGGGUGGUGCUAUGGUCCCUGCACUCAUAAUCACAGUUGGAUCACUAGUCCUUCCAGACACUCCCAAUUCCAUGAUCGAACGCGGUGACCGCGAUGCGGCCAAGGCUCAUCUUCAAAGAGUCCGCGGAGUGGAUGAUGUUGAUGAAGAAUUCAGCGACCUCGUGGAGGCUAGCGAAGCGUCAAUGCAAGUUGAGCACCCUUGGAGGAACUUGUUGCAAAGGAAGUACAGACCCCACCUCACCAUGGCCAUAUUGAUUCCCUUCUUCCAGCAAUUUACUGGCAUUAAUGUGAUCAUGUUCUACGCGCCUGUGUUGUUUAGUUCCAUUGGGUUUAAGGAUGAUGCUUCUCUCAUGUCGGCUGUGAUCACCGGCGUUGUUAAUGUUGUUGCUACAUGUGUCUCAAUUUAUGGAGUUGAUAAGUGGGGUAGGAGAAAGCUUUUCCUCGAAGGUGGAGUUCAGAUGAUGAUAUGCCAGGCCGUAGUUGCAGCUGCUAUUGGAGCUAAGUUUGGAGUUGAUGGGAACCCUGGUGAUUUGCCAAAUUGGUAUGCUAUAGUUGUGGUGCUCUUCAUUUGCAUCUAUGUAGCAGGGUUUGCCUGGUCAUGGGGACCCCUUGGUUGGUUGGUGCCUAGUGAGAUCUUCCCGCUCGAGAUUCGUUCGGCCGCGCAGAGUAUCAAUGUAUCGGUGAACAUGCUCUUCACCUUUUUUGUCGCCCAAAUCUUCUUGAACAUGCUUUGCCACUUGAAGUUUGGCUUGUUCAUCUUCUUCGGCUUCUUCGUGUUCGUGAUGACGAUCUUCAUAUACUUCUUCCUUCCUGAAACUAAGGGAAUUCCAAUUGAAGAAAUGGGCCAAGUUUGGAGGUCACACCCAUAUUGGUCUAGAUUUGUUGAGCAUGAGGAUCAUGGCAAUGGUGUUGAGAUGGGCAAGGGAGCUGUUAAAAAUGUGUAAUUAGUCCAUAAAUUUUAUUUUCUUCUCCAUCAGUAACUAGUUUUUUUUUUUUUCUUUUCUUUUGUUAUGAAACAUACAAUUGGUGAAAAUUUCCAAUGUCAGUAUCAAAUUACCAAUGUAUUGAAUUGCUCAUGAAAAUCAAAGGGUUAUGUAUGUUCAACAAACAUUGAUGGUUCUUUUUUCACAAAAAGAGUACAUAAGCUUAUGUUCA